GUUCCCUUUCAUUUUCCGACCACACGUAAUCUUAUAGUGGUUAAAAAAAAAAGUUUAUUGUUAAUUUAUAAAAAUAAAAUGAGUAACUUAAGGCAAAUAUGGUGUUGGAAAAAUUUUAUUUUAGUUUCAAUUUUAGUCAAUAUGGGAGUGUUAAGAGUACAAAGUUCUGAUAAUAGUUUAUUAGCUGCAUUAAAAGUAAUCUCAGACAAAAUAGAAGAAACACCAUCAAGUGUAGUUUACUUAAACCCAGGGGAUGGGCAGCCAGAAGAUAUAGGCUAUGGUUAUCAAAAAAACUUAAGGAAUUUAGAAAAUGUAUUUGAUCAAGCAUCAUCUUCUAAUCAAAUAUCUAAAGGCGAAAUGGUUGAGAAAGUAUUGAACUAUUUAUCCAGAGAAAAAAGCAACAAUAAACCAAAACAACUAAACAAAAAAUCGAUAUUCCGUGAAAGAGAAGAUUCUGCAGAUGUGCCUGAAAAUUUACAACAGUUAAAGUAUGAAAGAUUUACUAUACCAUCUGCAUUUCGUGAACGAUAUAAAGAAUCUCUAAACAAUUUACAAGAUAAUACAGACGCGAAUAAUAUGGAAGACCAAGACAAUUAUUUGUACACUUUAAACUCGCUUUUAAAUAAAUAUUUAGAAGAAAAUGUACAAGACUUGUCUGAUGAGGAUUUGGAAAAUUUUGUCAGAUCUAAUUAUGACGAGAAACGCGAUGCACCUGAUGAAUAUCGUUCUUUGUACGAUCCUAACUAUAGUAAAUUAGGAAGAUCAGUAGAAAAGCAAUUUCUAUUCAUACCAAGAUAUCCUUCUAGAAAAAAUAAACAUCAUAUUAAUAAAUGGUUGAAAGUAAAACCCAGAAUAACAAAAAGAUCGAAGAAAAAUAUUGCAUUGAAUGAUACACACACAGAUCCUAAAAUAGAAGCAGAACUCACUAACAUUUUCCUUGGUUCAGGACAGCAAAACAAUGAAACAAUUACCCAAGUUCCUACUGGAAUAUCAACUGUUAAAGUUUUAAAUGCUACAAUUAUAAAUUUAGAUAAAUUCAAUGAAGCCAAUAGUAAAAUAGACGUAAAAAAAAAGUCUAUAGAUUGGAGUAAUUACUUUGGAUUUGAUCGAAAGAAAAAAUCUGUAAGGAACAUGCCAGAUAAUGAUGCAAUCUUAACCCAAUAUAUGCAAGCGUAUGUCAAUGAGAAUGAUCCAAGCAGCCAAGUAAAUCCUAUCAAACAUACAUUUGAAAAAGGAAGACAAAUAAAAGAUCGAUUGCUAGAAACUCCAUACCAAGAAAAAGAAUGGCCUCUAAAAGAAGAUAAACUAAUGUGGUUAGAAGAUGCUUUAAUUGAUGAUACAUUGAAAUACACAGGAGCUAACCAAGGUAUUAAUGAUCCCGAAAAAGUCAACAAUGUUAAAAAUCAAGUAUUUGAAAAUUUAAAUAAAGCAUAUAGUAUAGAAAAACUAAGACAAGAAAAUAACAAUGUAAAAGAAAAAUACAAUGAAAAUCAAAAUGGAGUAAUUUUAGCAGAAAAUCGUACUCAGCCCAUUGAAUCAUUGGAAAAUAUGGCCCAACAAUUGGAUGUUGAGCCUAAGGAAUGUUCACAACUUUUGCAAAUAACACAAGAUUGUUUAGAAAUAGGAGGAUCGGCUGGAGACUUGUUGUUACCUUUAUGUACUUUAUAUCGUGUUUGUCGUUCUUGUGAGUCUGAAAAUUCGGAUUGCGAAGAAAGAUUUAUACUUGGUUCUCAUGAACUUUGUAGCAAAGCACCCUUGUGUAGAUAUUUUUCAAGGCGUAUCCUUCAGCUUAUGCAAGAUCACCCAAUGCAAAUGGAAUGUCAUAAAUGCAUGGUUGACUUUAUACAAAAUAAAUAAAUAAGUCUUCAAUAAU